AUGGAGAAAUCAUGUACGCUGCUCAUUCACUAUGACAAAGGAACUCCUGCGGUUGCGAACGAGAUCAAAGAAGCUCUUGAAGGGAACGAUAUACCUGCGAAAAUCGAUGCCUUGAAGAAAGCAAUCAUGCUUUUGCUUAGUGGCGAAACGUUGCCUCAUCUUUUCAUCACUAUCAUCAGAUACGUUUUGACGUCUGAGGACCACACGGUCCAGAAGCUGCUGCUGCUUUACUUGGAGACGAUCGAGAAAACCGAUGCCAAAGGGAAAGUGCUUCCUGAAAUGAUAUUGAUUUGUCAGAAUCUGAGGAACAACCUUCAGCAUCCGAACGAGUACAUCCGUGGAGUUACCUUGCGGUUCCUUUGCCGAUUGAGAGAGACUGAAGUUAUGGAGCCUCUGAUUCCGUCAGUGUUACAAAACUUGGAGCAUCGCCAUCCGUUUGUCCGCAGGAACGCGAUUCUGGCUAUUAUGUCCAUAUAUAAGCUCCCACAAGGUGACCAGCUCUUGGUAGAUGCACCUGAGAUGAUUGAGAAAGUUCUCUCGAGCGAGCAGGAUCCCUCCGCCAAACGAAACGCCUUCCUUAUGCUCUUCAACUGCGAUCAAGACCGAGCGAUAAAUUAUCUUCUCACAAAUGUUGAUAGAGUUUCCGAGUGGAAUGAGUUGCUUCAGAUGGUGGUUCUGGAAUUGAUCAGGAAAGUGUGUAGGACCAAGCCAUCGGAAAAGGGGAAGUAUAUUAAGAUCAUCAUCGCUUUGUUAAAUGCGCCUUCGUCUGCAGUGACCUAUGAAUGUGCUCAGACGUUAGUUACUCUCUCAUCUGCUCCCACUGCCAUUAGAGCAGCUGCCAACACCUACUGCCAGCUUCUUCUUUCUCAGAGUGACAACAAUGUGAAGCUUAUUGUGCUCGAUAGGCUGAAUGAGCUCAAGGCCUCUCAUAGGGAGAUUAUGGUUGAGAUGAUCAUGGAUGUGCUAAGAGCACUCUCUAGUCCGAAUCUCGACAUUCGCAGGAAGACACUUGAUAUCGUCCUUGAAUUGAUUACUCACCGGAACGUCAAUGAGGUCGUGCAAACUCUGAAGAAAGAAGUUGUGAAGACGCAAAGCGGAGAGCUUGAGAAGAAUGGUGAUUAUAGACAGAUGCUCGUCCAAGCCAUUCACGCUUGUGCGGUCAAGUUCCCUGAAGUAGCAGGCGCUGUUGUCCAUCUUUUGAUGGAUUUCUUGGGUGACACCAACGUGGCUUCAGCUCUUGACGUGGCUGUUUUCGUCAGAGAGAUAAUAGAAUCAAACCCCAAACUGAGGGUUUCAAUCAUAACCCGCUUGUUGGACACCUUUUACCAGAUUCGCGCUGCGAAGGUUUUCCCAUUUGCGCUUUGGAUUGUUGGGGAGUAUUGCUUAUCACUCUCUGAGGUUGAGACUGGUAUAGCAACCAUCAAGCAAUGCCUUGGCGAGAUGCCAUUUUACUCUGUUUCCGAGGAGGCAGAGUCAAACGAUUCUUCAAACAAAACUCCGCAGAACACCUCUGCUACAGUCUCCUCUAGAAGACCUGCCAUUCUUGCUGAUGGAACUUAUGCUACCCAAAGUGCUGCCUCUGAAACCGUAUUCUCUCCCUCUACAGUUGCUCAGGGAUCGCUGGCUUCUGGAAAUUUGAGAUCUCUUAUCUUAACUGGCGACUUUUUCCUCGGAGCAGUGGUUGCUUGCACAUUGACCAAACUUGUUCUCAGGUUGGAGGAAGUGCAGUCAUCCAAAACAGAGAUAAACAAGGCGAAGACCCAGACUUUACUCAUCAUGGUCUGUAUGUUGCAACUAGGGCAAUCUCAUGUGGUUCCUCAUUCAAUUGAUCCUGAUUCUUACGAGAGGAUUGUGCUCUGCAUCAAAUUGAUUUGCCAUACAAGUGAUGAGAUGAAGAAGAUAUGGUUGGAAUCCUGUCGCCAGAGUUUUGUCAAAAUGCUCUCCGAGAAACAGCUACGGGAACUAGAGGAACUCAAAGCCAAGGCCCAAAUAUCUAACGCUCAACCUGAUGAUCUUAUUGACUUCUUCCAUCUGAAGAGCCGGAAGGGUAUGAGUCUACUUGAGUUAGAAGACCAAGUACAAGACGACUUAAAACGCGCAACCGGAGAAUUCACCAAAGACGAAAAUGAUGCAAACAAGCUCAACCGGAUUCUUCAACUCACAGGAUUCAGUGACCCAGUCUACGCAGAGGCGUAUGUGACAGUCCAUCACUAUGACAUUGUCCUUGAUGUCACGGUUAUCAACCGUACUAAAGAAACACUCCAGAAUCUGUGUCUGGAAUUGGCGACUAUGGGGGAUCUAAAGCUCGUCGAGCGUCCUCAGAAUUACACACUUGCGCCUGAAUCAAAGAAGAAGAUAAAAGCCAACAUCAAGGUUUCCUCUACCGAGACUGGGGUCAUCUUCGGGAACAUUGUCUACGAGACUUCAAAUGUCAUGGAGCGAAACGUUGUGGUCCUCAACGACAUACAUAUCGAUAUCAUGGAUUAUAUCUCUCCUGCUGUGUGUUCAGACUCUGCGUUCAGGUCCAUGUGGGCAGAAUUCGAAUGGGAAAACAAGGUUGCUGUAAACACUAAAAUUGAAGACGAGAAAGAGUUUCUUGAUCACAUUAUCAAAUCAACAAACAUGAAGUGCCUCACUCCAACAUCUGUGUUAGAUGGCGAGUGCGGUUUUCUGUCAGCUAACUUAUACGCGAAGAGUGUGUUUGGGGAAGACGCAUUGGUGAAUGUGAGUAUCGAGAAGCAAACCGACGAAAAGCUUAGUGGUUACAUAAGAAUCCGAAGCAAGACGCAAGGGAUUGCUCUUAGUCUUGGAGAUAAGAUUACUCUUAAGCAAAAAGGGCCAAGUAGCUGA